AUGCCGUUCCGUUGCCCACGAUGCGGGGACCGCACCAGAUUCAGGACCCUGUCAUCCCUGAGAGCCCAUCUGGAAUACAGCCACAGUUACGAAGAUCGGAGCCUUCUGGCAAAAUGCAACCUCUUUUCUUCCCUCAGAGACGCAGACCUGAUCUCUUCUUCCGAGCCCCUGACGCCAGGGAUGCUUGGCGAUGGCCCCGGUGUCAUGAAACCAAAGACGUCCUAUCUCAACUUCUGCGACACGGCCCGGGAGAACACCAGGAACAGGAAGCCAUUGGAGGCAGAAGCGGAAAGGCCUGCGUCUCUGGGGUCAAAUUACACGUCAGGGGAAUCCGCCGACGAGCCGAUUUCUAAGCCAGGGUUGGCGACAAGUGACUCGAAAGCCUCCUUCGAGGCCCACGUGAGAGAGAAGUUCAACCGGAUGGUGGAGGCGGUGGACAAAACGAUCGAGAAGAGGAUCGACAAGCUUACCAAAGAGCUGUCCCAAAAGACGGCCGAGCUCUUGGAGGUUCGGGCAGCUUUUGUGCAGCUUUCUCAGAAGAAGCAGGAAGUCCAGAGGCGGGAGAGGGCCCUCAACAGGCAAGUGGACGUGGCGGUGGAGAUGAUCGCGGUGCUGAAGCAGCGGCUUACGGAGUCAGAGGAGGAGCUCCACAGGAAGGAAGAGUAAGUGGGAGGAUGGGGAGAAGGACGACAGCGAGGGGGAACCGCAGGUCUAGGAGGUCAAAUGUGGCCUUUCUAGCUGGCCCUCAGAAUCCUCCUCAGGCCACACACUCUCCUGAGCCACACCCUUCGCUGGCCAUGGUUUGCAAACUCCUCCAGUGUUUUCGUUUGACUAGAUUGGGUCCUUGAACUCUGAUAAUGCUUCUUGUGUGUCUGGAUUGAGGAUAGGGAGGGCUGUGUGAAUGUGUAUGGAAAGUAACCCAGACCCUCCAAGUGCCCCUAUUUUCCAGGAGCAGCCCCGGAUUUACAGAAGCCACCCUGGUUUCUGAUUUGAUCCCAGAAUGCCCUGCUUUUCCUUAGGAUUUCCCUAGUUUCAUUGGAGAAAUGUUGGAGGGUAUGGAGUUAUCCGACCCCUGAGCCAUCUGAAGGCAGCCCUGUAUAGGGAAGUUUUUUAAUGCUUCAUGUUUUAUUAUAUUUUUAUAUAUGUUGGAAGCCGCCCAGGGUGGCUGGGGCAACCCCGUCAGAUGGGUGGGGUAUAAAUAGUAAAAGAUUAAUAAUAAUAGGGUUGUCCUAUUAUUAUUAUUAUUAUUAUUAUAUAGGACAUCCCUAUUUUCAUUGGAGGAAUGUUGAAGUGUAUGGUCACCUAUUGUACAGUGGUAGAAAAUGCAUUUAUUGCAUUGCCCACUUUUGCUCUGGGCGCCGCAGUGUGGCCCUCAACCUCUGAAGUAGCAUAAUUCGUGUCAUUCCUGUCUGUCACAGGAGUUUGGGGUGAGGUUGUUGUAGGAAGACUUGCGAGGCAAGGUAUGGUAGAGGAAGGCCAGUAUUCACUGGUGUCUGGUCCAUUAGGGUGAGUGAGGCACUGGCCCAUGGACCUCAAUCUGCCCUCAGACAGCUCCCACUUCCCUGCCUUCUUACCAACAACCAAGAAAUUCUACACACAUAAUCUUUUGUGACACAGAUGAGAGCAAGAACCUUCCUGUGUAGCUUGUACUUCACAUGUGCAUGAGAGCCCGUAGGAGUGCAGAUCACACCUGGACUUCUUUAUGCACAGAAUUUGGCUGUUUACAUGUCUAUCGGCUAAUACAUUUAUUCUUUCUGUAAUGGAUAGGGAACCUGUGGUUCUUCUGAAAUUGCUGGCAUUUCCAACUCUUGUUAUUCCCGGCCAUUGGCCAUUUUGGCAGGGGCUGAUGGGAACUGAAGUCCAAAAACUUCAGGAGGGCCACAGGUUUCCCACCAAUGUUUCACUAUAUGUCUGCUCCCCAUCUCUUUCACACCUGUGUCUUCUUUUCUCCACAACCCAGUGGGCACCUAGCUUCUUUAGAAAGCAUACGAUUUCUGCCUUGAAGCAUAGGCCCAUUGAUUUUAGAUGCGAAGAAGGCACGCAUCAGGGUAUACUAAUUCAUGCAUCAUCCAAGCAAUCCAAAUUUAUUAGAUGGAUCUUUUAAACUGGCUGUGCAAUAAGGGUAAAGACAUUUAUGCUCUCAUGGCAUCUGGUAAGAUUACUUAUACAGGAAGGUGCUACUCUAUAAAUAAGGGUAUGUGCUUUAGCUUCAGAACUGGAGGUAAAGACAUAAAUGUCUUGUUUUCAAGUACCCCCUUCCCACCCUCAGUUCAUUGGAAAGUAAGUGGUGCAAACAGCAUUUGAGGGGAUCGUCUCUUGGAAGGAGUCAUAAUCUGGUUUCCUGCUGGCUUUCAUAGCAGAUACCGAAUAUAUUUUGGCAGUUCCAGCUCAUCUAAAAAUACUUUCAUGUUGCAUUCAUUAAAAAUGUAGUAAUUGCCAAUACAUUAUUUAUAUGUGAACUACUUAAGACUGCAGUCCUCAGAUUGCCCACUCUCUGAUGUUCCUCAUCAACACCAGUAGAAGGAAUAUGGAGCAAAUGGUUGAAAGACUGCGGUCUUGGUUAGCACUCUUAGACACCCUUCAAGCAAUUCAAAAUACCUGAAUAUUUUCAAAUUAAAUGUACGGUGCUGCUGUUGUUAAAAUUAGCUAGCCCUAUAGCUCAGAUGUUUAAGACAGCAAUCCUAAAUGUGCCAACUAGUAAGUUAGGCUGCAGUUCUAUAUGCAAUACUAGGGACGUUCACGGUCUCCAAGAUACCUGUGCUAUUUUAAAAAUCCCAAUAUACUUCCAAGUCACACUGUGCUCUCUCUGCUUUGAUUUAUGCUUCAUGCUCUGAGCCACUCUGUAAAACGAAGCUGUAUGUGCCCCAUUCACUAUAAUGGGGGAAAUCUAAAAAUGUCCAUAAAUUCCCCCUCUUUGGGCCAAAGUGGAUGGAAUCCACUGGUGUCUCUUCAGAGUGGAUAAGCCUGACAAAUUGCAGAAAUAUAGGUUAGGGAGCUUUUUGCUGGGAAGGUAAAAGGAUUCACAUUUCUAAUACUUAUUAUGCCAAUUAAAGCUCAAAAAUCUGUAUUGGUUUCCUUUUUUUAAGGGGGUGUUCUUUAUUCAUUUUAAAAAUUCCUAGCUUGCCCUCCAUUAGUACCAACACCAGCGCAGGAUAAGACAUAAGAUAUAUUAUAUAGCAUCAUGAAAAAUUCUUAGAAACAGCUAGCAAACAACCAACCACAAUGAGUUUCCACGCACGCCUAGAGCCAACCUGAUUUUUUAAUCUUAUAUUGGAGUUCUCCAUCCUCUUCCCAGUUUGCCUCAAUUGAAGAUGUGGGCCUUCAGAUGUUGCUGGACUCCAAUUCCCAUCAGGCCUAGUCAGCAUUGCCAACUGUCAGGGAUGAUGGAAAUUGUAGUCCAAGAACGUCAGAAGAGCCAGAGGUUCCCCACACUUAACGUGUUAAAGAAUGGCCUUGUUUUUCAGACAAAGUCCUGCAGGGGACAAGAGAAGAAGAAGUCGAUAUGUUUCUCUUCUCAGGGAAUGCUGCAAACUCAUGAAGCUGAGCAAACUGUGUACCAUGAAGGUUAUUUAUUCCCUUUUGGCCUUUGGUUGCCUGCCUUGUGCUUGCACUGCGCUGGUGUUUUGGGACUGCCCUCUGUGAGGAAACCCAUGGAGAAUCCAAAACCCAUACAGCUCCGCUCCUAACAGCUUGUUGUGUGGAUACGACAUCCCAGAAUGCAUUGCAUAAGGCUGGAGCCACAUUCAUCUUUUGUCACAGGUCUUGUAAAGAGCAAGAGGGAGUUGAAACCAACAGCCUAAGAUAGAUAGAGUGCAGCUGAGAUAAGAAGAAAGAAUGGCAACAAAUGGGAAUGCUAGUGAAGCCCUUUAUAUUGUGGCAGCAACAUAUGUGGGCCUUUGGACAGAUAAAUAAUAAUAAUUAUCACUGUUAUUGUAUUUAUAUGCUGUUUCCCGGCCACUCACUCAGCCACUCUCAAAGAAGCUUACAGUCAGCAAAAUACAUUCCCAACCUUUGGAGAGAUUACUGUUCAACAUAGGACAGGAGGGAGAAAGGCAGGAAAAGAGAGUUGCACAUUCAGUUGUAUAUGCAUGGCUUGGCUGUCUCUGAACAACUGGCAUAUUUACUGGCAUAUUUGCCCAGUGAGGGUACAGAGAAGUCAGUUCUGCUCCAAGCAAAUUGGUCUCUUGGGUGUCUGUGCGUGCAUUCUGGGAUUGCUACAAAACAAUUCACUUUUUCUUCCAUAUAUCACUGCAAAGAUCAGUAUUAACACACACAAACACAUAAAUCAAUCAAUCAAUCAAUCAAUCAAUCAAUCAAUCACCAGCCCCCUUUUUAAAAGGAAAACAGUCUUUCAGAGGCAUCUCUUCUACCACACUGAGGCCGCAUUCCCACAACACAUUUAAAGCACUGUGAUACCACUUUAAGCAGCCUUCCCCACAAAGAAUUUUGGGAACUGUAGUAUGUUAAAGGUGCUGAGAGUUGUUGGGAACCCCUGUUCCCUUCCCAGAACUACAGUUCCCAGAGUUCCCUAGGAAGAGGGAUCGAUUGUUAAACCACUCAUGAGAAUUACAACUCUGGGGGCUGAAUAGGAGUCUCCUAACAGCUCUCAGUAUCUAUAACAGCCUACAGCUCCCAGAAUUCUUUGGGGGAAUCCGUGAGUGUUUCAAGUGUAUCAUAGUGCUUUAAAUGUAUAGUGCAGAUGUGGUUUGAGUAUGUUCUUGGUUAUGUUCCUCAAGACAUAAUGGGGUUUUUGUUCAGUUUUGCAUUCUAGUGGGAAUGCUUAUUAACUUCAGCUGGAUUUUGUUGCUGAACCUCCUGCUAAUUCUCUAGAAGAGGAAUCAAGAUAUUGCUGAACACUUGGAAUGGAUUUUGUUGAUUAAUUGGGUUCUCAUUGUUGCACCUCUUACUUGGUUCAGCUUUUGCUAAUGAUGCUCACACUCUAAACAACUGCAUAAUGUCAUCAUAAAAUCCUUUGAAACCAUCUCUCACUUCAAGAAAGGCCCCAUUCUAGAGGAGUGCCUGGGUCCCAUUAAGGAGACUUUCCGUGCACAUUUAAGCAUUCAGAUUCCACAAAAUUCAGCAGGAAAAGCAAAGAGAAGCUCCUCUGGAAUGGGAAAACUCUAAUUGCAGGCUUAAGAUGCCUCUCAGGUGCCAGAGGUUGUAUUUCCCAUUUUCAAACAGGGGGCAAAUUAUUGUGGCACAAAAUAAAUAAGCUUCUUAUUGUCUGAAAAGACCCUUCAAUGUAUUGUUAUUUCUAGAAGCAUUAAGGUGAUCACUUAUUCAUCGCCCCCCGCCAAAGGAAAUGCCUCUCACACUCAAAAGAACAGAUAUUUGCAUAUUAUUUGCAUAUGUCACUAUAUCUGUAUGGAUGCGUAUUUAGAAACAAUGACUUUAACUGAAAUAAAAACAUGGUAAGUUUCACCAUACUGGAGAAGACUGAGACCUGGUGAGCUUGUGUGUCUGCUCAGUCUGUGGCCCAGUUGCUUAAUGUUGAUGGCAACUUCAAGGCCUUUAUCUUUAAACCCUUGUGUUUGAAGGGCUGUCCUCUCUAAAGGAUGCUCCCCAGCACCAGUGUUGUCCGCUUAUUUGGCUAUGUGCAAGUGGUUCUGAGAAGUUCAAGUGGUUCUGAAUAUAUUCACAGCACAGGCAAGAGUGUCCCUAAAUUAAAAAGUAGCACCCGUCCGUUCUUUCUUUCUGCUCUCUAGCAAAAAGGAGGAAGCGCCAGUGUUCUUUCAAAUUCCAGCAGAGCUGCACUUUUGUCAUUUCAGAGAAGUCGUUACGUUUAAUCACUUCCUGGAGGAAGCUGCUGAGAAGGAGCUUCGCGGCAAAGCCAGGCUCCAGCGUUUCAUUGAGAAUCUCCUGCAGCGGGUGGAUCUGGCAGAAAAGCAAUUGGAGUACUACCAGAAUCAGCAGAUCGUGGGCAGCUACAGCGAUGUCCAUGAAUAUGUGGUAGGCAAAAAAUGAGGGGGGUGUUCUUUCAUUAGACCUGAACAGGAAGUGGAACUGAUGGGAAUUGUAGUCCACAGCAUCUAGGGUACACCGGGGUGGGGUGGGGAGGCUGAUCCAAGCGCUAUUUCUAGUGGAGCAGGGGUUGCAGUGGCAAUUUCUGCUAUAUGGUUUGUUCAGUUUGGCAUCUGUCUCGAGAGACAGUGGAGUGUGCUUCUGGGGGUCAGACCUCUGCCCAGUUGACAAGAGCCCCCUCUCAGCUUUGCUGAUGUGGUCCAAAGGAAAACGAAGCUAUACUUUGGGCACCAGUUUGGCUGCAAGAGUUGUUGGAAAGAGGCGUACAAGGCACCAUCUUAGGGACUCCACUGCAGAUUGUGUAGGGUUUACUCCUUAGCCUUUGAAAGUACAUCUUUCAUCCUUGGGUUGCAAUUCAAGAUAGAGCUAUUGUUGCCUAUGUGUAUACGUUCAUCCCCUCUCUCCCCCACCAUCCCGUAAGAAGCAUCCUGCUGGAUCAGACCAAAUGCCUAAGUAGCUUAGCAUCAUGUUUUCCACAUUCAGGGCCGGCCCUGCCAUUAGGAAAAGUGGUGCCUCAGGCGGCAGAUGAUGUGGGAUUGACAGCAGCAAUGAGGUGUUGGUCUGCCCUGAAACCUUAAGCUAAGUCAGGUGUAUUCAGGUGGAGGAUGCUGUCCUGGUAUGAAGUAAGAUUAGACUACCAGGCGAAUCAGCUUUGGUACAUGGAAUGCAGGGAGGCACCGUCUUGUCUUUCACCUCAGGCGGCAAAAUACCUUGGUCUGCCCCUGCCCACAGUGGCCAACCAGAUGCCCUUGGGAAGCCCACAAACAGGACAUGAGGGCAGUAGCCCUCUCCAGUUCAUUAUCUGCAGCAACUGGCAUUCAGGGGCAUGUGCUGUGAACCUGAAGGGGGCAUACAGCCAUCAUGACUUGCAGACGUUGAUAGCUUUAUCCUCCAUGAAUUUGUCCAGCCGCCUUAGAAAGCCAUCUAAGCUCCCAUCAUGGUUUCUGGUUUAAAAAAAAGGUAAUGCUUCAAAUAUGAGAAAAGUCUGUUUAAUCAGAGACAACUGUGGGACUGCAUGUGUACCUGCAGGCAAUGAUAACUCUUAUCAUACCUCCAUUGAGUCUCUGAAAAAAUGUCAGUUCACAGCUCAAAUUCCUUCUUGAGCAUCAGACACACACACCCUUUUUUAUUAAAAAAAGGUAGCAGUAAACAAGCAUAAACAAGGAAACGUGAUAAUUGAGGGUGCACAUGCGUUCUGCUGGUAUAGUCACACGGCUGCAAAUGAGCCGUGACUGCUAAUUUGUUCAGGAGACGCAAAAUAGCAAAUGAAAAGCUUGUCAGAGGUAAAUGCCCUGAAAGCUGUUAUUGAAAUAAGAAAAGUGAUAUCUUUUAUUGGACUAGUUGUACAACACAUCUAUAAGGCAUGCCAGAAAAUUAAAAUUCAUGACCUUGUGGUAGGCAAAGGACUGGAUUAAACAGAGACUAUGGGUUAAAACUGUUUGUAGCUUCCUACUGGCCAUUCCCCCCCCCCAUCGCAACAUAUACCGUAUUUUUCACCCCAUAGGACACACCGGCCCAUAGGACGCACCUAGUUUUUUGGGGGGAAAUAAAGAAAAAAAUUUUUAUUUCCCCCCCAGGUGCGGGGCUGGGGCGGGGGAAGCCCGAGCUUCCCCCGACCCCAGCCCCCAGAACAGGCUGCUCUCCGCAAGCCGUGUGAGAGCUACACGAAGUCGGGCAGCUCUCCCACGGCUAGCGGAGGACUGCACGAAACCCGAAGCUUGGGGCGUGCUGAGCUCAGUGCGCCCCAAGCUUCUGGGUGCCGGCAAGCUCUCCGCUAGCCGUGGGAGAGCUGCGUCUCCCACGGCUAGCGGAUAGCUUCCUGAAGUCUGGAGAGCGAGAGGGGUCGGUGCGCACUGACCCCCCUCACUCGCCAGGCUUCAGCGAAAGCCUGCAUUUGCCCCAUAGGACGCACACACAUUUCCCCUUCAUUUUUGGAGGGGAAAAAGUGCAUCCUAUAGGGCGAAAAAUACGCUAAGCUUUGAGUACAGGCAGGUUGUGUGUGUUUAUUUGUGUGCUUGUGUGAGGGGGAGAAAGAGAAAGAGGGAGAAUUUCUUGGAAGGACAGAAAAUAGUCAGUCCCCACCAUUGUGAGAAUCCCAGUUUUUAUUUUUAUUUUUUUAAAAAGAGUUUCUAGUUCUUAUGGUUUCAAAUACAAGUUUGGAUAAACGUGGGUUAUGCCUGCACAGAAGUAGCUGAGAGAGAGUUCCAGAAAUCAAGAGUUUUCAGCUUCAGGCCCUAUAUAACUUUUUGACUCGGCCACCUGAAUAAGAAGACCCGGAUAGAUUAUGCAAAAUAGGAAAUAUCACAGAUGCAAAAUAACUAAUGUUUGCUCAUUUUGUAUAGUUGCAGUGCUUUCAUUCCUGGAAGCAAGCCCCACUGAACUUUAAGUAAAGAUUCAGGUUGCAAGACAAAAGCUGCAGAGUUCAGCCAGUCAGUGCAAAAUUUGAAUAGCAGAAUAUAAAUUUAUUAUUAUUAUUUUAACACAAAGCUACACACAUUCCUGAUUAUAGGCCUCUAUAUGAUGAUGUGCACAGGUUGGGGGACUGCUAGACCCAGGACUGAAGAGACUUGGGUUGUCUUUGCUGUUAGGAAGAUCUUGUUUGUUUUUUGCAUUUGUCUACUUAUCUAAGUCAGCAAAUAAAUGAAUAAAAACGAGCUAUUUCCAUAUGUCACGUCAAUCUGAAUAACGAGCGUGUAUGUUUUAGUUUACAGAUAUAUCAUCCAGCAAGAAACCCAGAUGCCUGUAUGUAUGUUAUUUCAUACUCUUAAUACAAAAUAUUUUGUACAAAUGUGUUGCUGUUAAAAUUGUGCAUCUCUUGUUCCUGGGCUCUCUCUGUUAAAUCUGACCCCUUUUCUUCGCCUCAGCAGCAGCCGAGGAAACCAACACGGUUACUAUAACACCCCUGAUGUGAAACCUCACUCUCUUCAGAAAGGACGGAUGCACUUGAAGAAAGCCAAGGAGGACAAAUCCUGCGCCCACCCAGUUAAAUUGUUUUAUGAACCUGUUGACUGCGCGAGGGACGUUUGGAGACCUCAGAAGAAAGGGGACGCCGUCGGUGCCUCCCGCAAGGUUAACGCGAAAUCAAAGAUCAGUAAAAAAAGCAAACAGCUCUACUAA